CAUUCAUUCCUAUAUACAGUCUCACACGCCUUCUCUCCUCUUUUGCUCUCUCUCAGAAUGACAAUUCUAGGUACAGCUUUUGGUAUGGUUUUCUAUUUACUUCAAGUUGUUUCUGGAGAAAGUGGCUAUGCACAGAAUGGAGACUUUGAAGAUGCAGAACUGGACGACUACUCAUUCUCCUGCUACAGUCAGUUGGAAGUGAAUGGAUCCCAGCACUUGCUAAACUGUACUUUUGACGACCCCGAUGUCAACAGCACCGAUCUGGAAUUUGAAAUAUGUGAGGCCCUUGUGGGUGUAAAUUGCCUGAAUUUUAGUAAACACCAAGAGAUGUAUCUCAUCAAGACAAAUAAGUUCUUACUGAUUGGAGACAGCAAAAUAUGUGUGAAGCUUGGAGGAAAGAUUGUAACUUGCAGAAAAAUGAAGAUAGUCAAUAUAGUUAAACCUGAGGCUCCUUUUGACAUAAGAGUCAUCUAUCGCAAGGAAGCAAAUGACUUUGUGGUGACAUUUAAUACAUCGCACUUGCAAAAGAAUUAUGUAAAAAAAUUAAUACAUGAGGUAGCCUACCGCCAGGAAAAAAAUGAAAAUGACUGGAUGCGCGUGAAUUUAUCCAGUACAAAGCUGACACUCCUACAGAGAAAGCUACAACCUGAUGCAAAGUAUGAGAUUAAAGUCCGAUCCAUCCCUAAUACCGACUAUUUUAAAGGCUUCUGGAGUGAAUGGAGUCCAAGUUUCCACUUCAGAACUCCGGAGACUAAAGGCUCAGAGGAGAUGGAUCCAGUUCUACUAAUUGUCAGCGUUCUGAGUUUCUUCUCUGUGGCUCUGAUAGUCAUCUUGGCCUGUGUGUUAUGGAAAAAAAGAAUUAAGCCUAUUAUAUGGCCCAGUCUCCCUGACCACAAGAAGACUCUGGAGCAACUGUGCAAGAAACCAAAAAAGAAUCUGAAUGCGAGUUUCAGUCCUGAGAGUUUCCUGGACUGCCAGAUUCAUAAGGUGGAUGGCAUUCAAGCCAGAGAUGAAGUGGAAGGCUUUCUGCAAGACGCAUUUGCUCCGCAGCCGGCGGAGCCUGAGAAGCAGAGGCCUGGAGCGGGUGGGCAGGGCUCCAGCUGGAUGUCUGAGCAGGCAGUCAAAACCUCCCAAACUUUCAGAGGAGAUGCACCCCUCAGAUGCCAGGCUGGGGACGUCAGCGCGUGUGACCCCCCUGUGCUCUCCUCCUCCAGGUUCCCAGACUGCAGGGAAGGUGACGAGAAAGGGCCUCACGCGUACCAGGGCUUGCUGCUUGGUCCUGGAACUACAAAUGAUACCGUAUCCCCUCCGUUUCCUUUCCAAUCAGAAAUCCUGACAUUGACCCCAGCUAUGCAGGCACAGCCCCUCCUCACUUCCUUAGGAUCAAAUCAAGAAGAAGCGUAUGUCACCAUGUCCAGCUUCUACCAAAACCAGUGAAUUUUAAGAAACCCGGGACUGGAACCACUGUGACCGACAAAGAUGACCGAGCUCCUACUCCGCCUCACAGCACCAAGGAGACAAAAUUAACGCGACCCUCUCCAUAACCUACAGGAUCCUAAAAUGGCUUUGCCGACUCCUCCCCACUCCAGCGGCAUUCAGCAUGGGGCGAGAGCACGCUGCUUCAGGCAACCCGAGUGAUUCAAUUAUUUCAGAAAGUUAAAAAAAGAAAAAAGAAAAAAGCAAGAAAGAGUGAAAGAAAGGGUGGAGGAAAGGGUGGAGAUGAAGGGGUGAGGAAGACAGAAAGGGUGCAAGGGAAGAAAGAAUAAAGGAGGGUGAGAACGAGAGCUCCGGUUACUAGGACUUACCACGUGCCCGAUGCUGAUCUCGAGCUCGGCACGCGCGGUCCCACUGCAUCCUCACAAUAAUUCUGGGUGGCGGGAGUGAUUACUGUUGUUGUUAUUCUCUUUGUUAUAGGCGAUGAAACUGAGGCUUAAAGUAACUUGUCCAUGUGUCCCACUCAGUGAUAAUUCUAGACCUGGUGGUGCCCAGGAGCCCAACGGCAGUGUUCCCAGAGCCUCGCACCUUCCUCUUACUUAGGGGCUGUCCAGUCCCGAGUGCCAGACCUCAGUGGUAACAGGGCAACUGAAUAAUUCAUGUCCAACUGGGUCACUUUUGAAAAUGAAAGAAGUUAUAAAUAAUCACUCCAGGACAAUAAACAUGAACCGGGAGUGUCUCAGAUAAAUGGGGAACAUAGGGUCAUUCAAGCUAAAAAAAAAAAAAAAA